AUGUUUAGUGCUUGGAUAUUCCUCUUAAGGAGUGGUUCGGAAGGCUCUUUGCUUUGGCCUUUAAUCAAGAUGCUCGAAAUCCUCAAACCUUUUUCACUCCUAGUUCACCAACCGGAAGAUGCGAUUGAAAAAUUCUUCAAUGGCGGAAGAUGCGAAGGAAGGCACUCAACGGUUCUUCGUUCCUCUCCCGUCGUCGGCAGCAAAGAAGAUCAAGGGGAAGAUCCCCCUGUGCUCAUCUUCGUCGGAUUAAGGAGGAGAAACACGAUUGGAAUCAGAAAUCGGGAAGCACUUCCAUUGAUUCACCGAUUCGAAGGAGGAGGAUGA